GUAUGAAGGCCAAGAUGGUGUUUGGAAUGUACCACGUCCAUGGUUCUACUUUGGAAAUGAUCAUGCAGACAAUGGACCCCGGACUAGAAUUUACCUCCUUAUGGACGAAGUUGAAAAAUUGAGAGGCAACGUCACCUUCGAGUCGAUGCAGUCAUAUGUGCAAGCUUGUCUCCGUGACGUGACUACAGUGGAUACUCAUAGUACCCGCACAGACAAUUCUCGUCGUCAAGAUAUGGCAGCUGUUAAAGUGCUGAGUACUCUUCUCAUGUACACGGAUGCGACGUACUUUGGGUUGCUGGCGCUCAGACAAUAUCUUUCUGAAGCCAGGAAAUCUAAGACACAGUUUCAGAAUACUGCAGCUCGAAUCGCUAACACAGGCUAG